GGGCGGCCGCGCUGGGACUGGCCGCCGUGGCGCUGGGGACGGCGGCCUGGCGCCGCGCGCGCUCCAGGCGGCGCCGGCGGCUCCAGCAGGUGGGCACCGUGGCGCAGCUCUGGAUCUACCCGGUCAAGUCGUGCAAGGGGGUGCCGGUGAGCGCGGCGGAGUGCACGGCCUUGGGGCUGCGCUGCGGCCACCUGCGGGACAGGUUUUGGCUGGUGAUUAAGGAAGAUGGACACAUGGUCACCGCCCGGCAGGAGCCUCGCCUGGUGCUGGUGUCCAUCACCUGUGAGGGCGACCGCCUGAUCCUCAGGGCUCCGGGCAUGGGCCAGCUGGCUUUGCCGAGCAAGCUGCCUUUCUCAAACAAGCUCCGUGAUUGCAGGCUCUUUGGUAUGGACAUCGAGGGCAGGGACUGUGGCGACCAGGCAGCUCAGUGGUUCACCAGCUUCUUGAAAACAGAGGCUUUCAGGCUGGUUCAGUUUGAGAAGCACAUGAAGGGAAGACCAUCGAGAGAAAUUUUCUCUACUUCAGUACCGAAUUACCAGGUGGCCUACCCAGACUGCUGCCCCAUCAUGAUCCUCUCGGAAGCCUCCCUGGCGGAUCUGAAUACCAGGUUGGAGAAGAAAGUGAAAAUGGACCAGUUCAGACCCAAUAUCGUGGUGACAGGCUGCGAUGCUUUCGAGGAGGAUACUUGGGAUGAACUCCUAAUUGGCAACGUAGAAAUGAAAAAGGUUUUGUCUUGCCCCAGGUGCAUUUUGACCACUGUAGACCCAGAUACUGGAGUGAUAGACAGGAAGGAGCCACUGGAAACCCUGAAGAGCUACCGCCUGUGUGAUCCUCCCGAGAAGGCAGUAUACAAGUCAUCCCCGCUUUUUGGGAUCUAUUAUUCAGUGGAGAAAAUUGGCAGCCUGAAAGUUGGUGACCCGGUGUAUCGGCUGGUUCAGUGACGUGGUUCCAGAGUCCGGGAGGCUUUCUUUAGGAUUUUUCCCACAGCAGCAACACCACCACCUCAGCACAUCCUUGCUAACCAGCCUGUGGCCAUCUUCACCCUGGGAAUGAAUCUCCAUUUUUAACUUUUUGAAGUUAUGCAUGCUCCGGGGUUAAUGCAGGAAAAGCAUUAGAGGCGAUUCAGAAAUAAGAUAAAUAGAUUUUAGGUAUUGAGGACUUUUGAAAUAAAUAAAACUGUCUAUGAAAUUGUUUUGAAUGUUACUAUAGCAAUUACACUUCUCAAUCCCUGAUGUUAAUAUCGAUGCGUAAAGAAAGCUUAAAGAAUGAAUGAAAAAGCUACAAAACUUUUUCUAAGUGUUGACAUUUUAUUACCUAUCAUUCGUCUUUU